AUGUGGCAAACACAAGGUAUGCAGAUUACCCAAAACAACAAAGAAAACCUGCUGCAGAAAAAUGAAGACAAGCUACCUACCCUCGGGAUGACCUCAGCGAUUUCUGUAGCAGCCCCAAAACCAACAGACUUGGUCCAAACUAAGGAACUCAUAGAAACAUUGAAACCGUUCGAUUCAUUCGAAAGUGAACAAGAACUCAACAAAAGGAUGCAUAUUUUAGGAAAAUUGUAUACUUUAGUGAAACAAUGGAUUAAAGAGGUCUCCCUUAGGCAUAAUUUGCCUGAAAGUGUUGCAGAAAGUGUAGGAGGAAAAGUUUACACAUUCGGUAGUUACAGAUUGGGAGUUCACAGUAAAGGGGCCGAUAUUGAUGCCCUUUGCGUAGCUCCCCGACAUAUUUGCAGGGCCGAUUUCUUCUCGUCAUUCUACGAACUACUCAAGCAACAACCCGAAGUCACAGAUUUAAGGGCUGUAGAGGAGGCUUAUGUACCUGUAAUUAAAAUGACUUUCGAUGGCAUAGAAAUAGAUAUGCUUUUUGCGCAAUUACUUCUUAAGGAAAUCCCCGAUUCUAUGGAUUUGAAAGAUGAUAUGCUGCUGAAGCAUCUGGAACCUAAAUGUGUGCGCAGUUUGAACGGUUGUAGAGUUACUGACGAGAUCCUAAGACUGGUGCCUAACAUUGAAAACUUUAGGCUCGCCUUGAGAGCCAUUAAACUAUGGGCGAAAAGACACGGUAUAUACAGUAACGUACUAGGAUAUUUGGGUGGUGUAUCUUGGGCAAUGCUCGUUGCAAGAACUUGCCAAUUGUAUCCAAACGCAGCUCCUUCGACGCUGGUUAACAAGUUCUUUUUAAUAUUUUCAAAGUGGCAAUGGCCACAGCCAGUAUUACUAAAACAACCGUCGAACGCUAAUCUUGGUUUCGUCGUUUGGGAUCCUAGGGUAAAUAUUCAAGACAGGUAUCACUUGAUGCCGAUCAUUACGCCAGCUUAUCCGCAACAAAACUCCACGUUCAACGUAUCUAAUUCAACCAGAACCAUAAUGGUGGAGGAGUUCAAGCAAGGUCUAAUCAUCACGGACGAUAUAAUACUAGGUAAAUGUUCGUGGGACAAACUGUUCGAACGUCCUCCUUUCUUCACCAAGUACAAGCAUUUCAUCGUACUACUGGCCAUGGCCGAAAACGCCGACGACCACCUCGAAUGGUGCGGUCUCGUAGAAAGCAAAGCCAGAUUACUAGUAGGCAAUUUGGAACGAAACCCUUACAUAACACUAGCGCACAUCAACCCGGAGAGCUACGCCAUGCUGGAAUCGGCCAAAGAGCCGAACACGUUGUGCUCCAUGUGGUUCAUCGGGCUCGAGUUCGCCAAAACCGAGAACAUCAGCGUCGAUCUGACGCGCGACAUUCAAACGUUCACCGAGCACGUCAGCAACCACGCGGCCACCAUUCAAAUGUGGAAGACCGGCAUGAGCAUCGACGCCAAGCACGUCAAGAGGAAACAGCUCUCCCAGUAUCUGGCGCCCGGUUUGAUCAAGCGCGAGAGGAAAUUGAGCGUCAGCGCGAAGAACGGCUUAGCCGCCGACGCCAAUAGGAAACGGACGACGGCCGAGGCUUCACACGACGGCGAAGGCGUCAGUAAAAAGAACAUGAGAUUGUCCGAAGAUAUCAAUCCUCAAUUUGACGAAAGUUCCAACAACUCGAUCAACAUAGAUUCGAGUAGUAACAUAAGUCUAGCGGGUUCGGAUUGCAGUAUUAACAACAUAUCGCCGGAAACGACUCCAUCCCAUCCGUCGGCGAAUGCGGCGGGGGCGGCGGGCGGCGUGCCGGAGGCGGUGUGUACGUGA